CUUGCAUUCAAAGCAUGACCUGGAAAAUAGUACUGAAGGGACCACCGUUAUCAAUAAUAAUAAUUUCGAUAACAGUUCAAUGAAUAACAGCCAACAACAACAACAACAGGAAAUUCCUGGUGCUUUGAACGCAACAAAGGAGCGAAAUCGUGAAAAACGACGCUCCUGGAGAGAUAAGUCAUCAAGCGCACAGGAUAACGGUGCACCGGAACAUGUCAACGAAGGUUAG